CCCGACAACUACUCUGCCGGUCUGGUCCACGACAAGGCGACAUUCGGACACACUCCGGCCGCUGAGUACACACAUUCAAAUCCGGACCAUUCUGCAACCACACACGAACACACACACACACAAACAAGACCAGAUGAUCGGCUCACCUUCGUUCUGUCCGAGCUCGCGUCUGCCGACCUCUCUUUAGGCCGGUGA